AUGUCGGUCCGCCCUGUUUUGCAGGCGACGUCCAAUAAGAGCGUCGCUUUUUAUCAAUCUACGCGCCUAGAGCCAAUCAAAAGCGUGCUAAUGCUUCCCCGUGACGGAGCAAAACCCCCGGACACCCUCCCUCUCUCUCCUUCCCCGCGCCUCUCCCCUUCUGUGGAGCCGGCUCUCAGUGCGCGCUGUGCGGAUGGACCUGAUGACACUUUUGGUUUUGUCCUGGACGCGCCUUACGAGUGA